GCGAAUGGUUUCCUAGCCAGGAUGUGAGGUCGUGGACUGCCGAGGGGGGAGGGGGGGUGCUGACACUCAGAUCGAAAACCGUGGGAAGAAAAAUCUAGUUAUGCUGUAAACUCUUACUAGGCAAGUGACUUCCACUCUUUGGGGUUUCCCUUUCUGUCAAAUGGGAGUGAGGAGGAUUGAGCUCAGGACUUCUAGGGCUCUUUCCAGCUGAGCAUUGAUGGCUCUCAGGGGAAUUUGUCUUCUCAGGCCUGUCCCAGUGGGGUUGUGAGGCUGGACGGCCUCCGAGGGCAGACGGUUCCUGAACAGUUCCAGGCAAGUUCCGGUUAACAUCAGCUCUGGCGCUGGAAAAUCCAAACCUCCGCCCGUCCCUGGAGCACUGUCGCUUUAAGGACGGGCGGGCGGCUGGGCGGUGGCGCAGCACCUGGAGCCACCCGGAGCGGGGUCAACUGGGCGUCUUCGCGGGAUCCAGCGGCCCGCAAGGACGGGGAUCCGAGGAGAGGUGGGGCGCACCGCGCCCCCCGAGCCCGAGUCCGGGAAACCAGCUGCAGUUGGCCAAGCCCGGGGGUGGUGUCACCCCGGGAGCCGAGAGCGAGCCCCGGGCUCCCGCCCUCCUCGGCAAGCACCCCGCGUUAGCGCCCGCGGUGGGUUGCGGAGCUCGUGGGGUGAAGUUGGGAUCCGCGCCCCUCCGCACCGGGUAGGAGAUCGGACAAAAGCGGCUGGUGGGUCCCGGGCAGGCGAGAUCCCUGGAAGCCGGCGCUCAGAGCGCUUUGGCGGGGCGUGGAGAGCAGGGCUAGUGGAUGCCCGCCAGAGCCUGCCCCUCACGCCGAGCUCUCCCUGCUGCCCGGGCACCGCCGCCCCGAGGUUCGUGCCGUCCUCGCGUUUGACGGCCACCAUGCCUUUACUGCCGCUGAGCUCCCCGAGGAUGGACGACGCCUGAGCGCCUGCCGCGCGAUGGCUGCACCGGAGAUGUGUGACGGGGGCCGCAUGGCCUCCACCCUGCGCUAUUGCAUGAUGGUCAGUGGCACCAUGGUUCUGGUGGCUGGGACGCUCUGCUUCGCUUGGUGGAGUGAAGGGGACGAAGGGGCCCACCCAGGCCAGCUGGCCUCACCCACUGGGCACCCUGCACCUGAGGCCCCCAGCCCCCUGCUCAGGUCGGUCAGCUUCUUCUGCUGUGGUGCGGGUGGCCUGCUGCUGUUCCUUGGCCUGCUGUGGUCCAUCAAGAGCAGCAUCCGGGGGCCACCCCAGUGGAACCCAUACCACCUCUCCAGAGACCUGUACUACCUUACUGUGGAGACCUUGGAGAAGGAGAGCUGCAGGACACCAAAGGUGGUUGCCGUCCCCACUUACGAGGAGGCUGUGUACUGCCCACUGGCCACAGCUGAGGAGCCCCCAACACCACCUGCAUACGCCACAGAGGAAGACAUGAAGUGCAGUGCCUCAGGGGAUGCCCCACCUGGUACGCAGCCUCCCUGGCCUCCACCCAGCUACGAGAGCAUUGUCCUUGCCGGGGAUGCCAUCUCUCGACAGACAACACCUGGGGCUGCAUCCUCCCCCUGAGGCCUGUUCGUUCAGACAGCAGGGGAAGGAAGUUAAAGGCUCCUCGUAGGCCCUGAUACCAGACAACAGACAUGCAGGCACCUCUUCCAGGGUGUAGUAUGGUGCCCAGUACACAGCAAGCACUCAAUAAAUGUUUGU